AUGGGUGAGUAUGAUGUCAUUGUGCUGGCUACACCUCGAUGGGUGCCUGGAGUUAUUUUAUAUUCAGACCCUGCUGACUUAAUAAACACAGACAGCAUUGUUGUGGCAGUCUAUAAUAUUACAGCCGAAGUUGGAUCUGAUACAGUACUGACUUGCCAGAGUGGACGCAUGGUAUGGACACAGGAUAGCUUAAGUGAUCGUCAGCGGGUAGCACACUGGGACGUAUUUCAAAUGUAUGAUGAUUACAGAGUUGAAAGAAUCUUUGACAUGUUCUCAGCUGGGGACCAGAGGGUUUAUAACUCUUACAAUAAAGGCAGGAUGUCCAUGAACCAGGAUGCAUUUUCUAAUGGGAAUUUCUCUUUGACCAUAAGCGAUGUACGAAUGAGUGACAAGGGCGUUUACUCGUGUAAUCUUCACCACCAUUACUGUCAUCUCCAUGAGUCCGUUAAAGUCCAACUCAGUGUCACCAAAACAGUUCGGAAAGCUAAGAUAUACUGGGAUGGGGAAAAAGUUGUAAUUGUAGCACUUGCUGGCACCAACGUAAUAUUGCCAUGUGUGAAUCGAAAACCAAUUUGGAUAGAGCACCACCUUGAGGAGGAACAGCAAGUUGUGCACUGGGAUCGCCAGCCGCCAGGUGUGUCCCAUGAUCGUGCUGACAGGUUAAUAGACCUGUAUGCAUCAGGAGAGCGCCGAUCAUACGGCCCUACAUUCAUCAGAAGGAAGAUGAACAUCAGCGACUCUGCAUUUCGAGAAGGGGACUUCUCUUUGUCAAUUACAGAUUUGGUCAGAGCAGAUGAAGGAAUUUACUCCUGUCACCUACAUCACCAUUACUGUGGGCUUCAUGAGAGAAGAAUCUUCAAAGUAAAAAUCACAGAACCAGUUAAAACGAAUACAAAGACUGAGCAGGUCAAUCUGACCAGUACUGCACCAAAUAUGGAACCCAAAGUUGUCGAAGUUCCCAAGGUCAUAAAUGUUAUAAUACCAGAGAACAGAGCCCACUUCUUUCAGCAGCUGGGAUACAUUCUGGCAACCUUGGUUUUACUUCUACUUCUCAUCACUGUCACAUUCCUUCUUACUAGGAGACGCAGGAGGAGGGGUCACGAAUAUGAUGUGAAGAAGUCAGAGGAGAAAAUUCAUCUGGAUGAAUUUGUGGUUAGCACAUGUGAACUGAAGGAAUCUAACAAUGAAGAUGUCAGAUUAGACUACAAGAACAACAUUCUGAAGGAGAAGGCUGAACUGUCCAAGACUGUACCAGCAAAAAAUAUCGACUUAGAUAAAGACUUCAAGAAGGAACACUGGAAAUGAAAAUUAUGAAGCUGCUGGCUGGACCAGAAGCAGAACACAGUGGAUACUUUGUUUCUUUGUUAAAUAUUGUGCAGGUCAUAUUCUGCAACAUAUAUUUUAUUGCUACAUUUAAGGAUACAUUUGAGUAUUCUGUGGACCUUCAUCUACUGUUAAACUAUAUAUGUUUUGCAAUAGCCACUUGAGUAUUUUCAGUUGUACUGUUCGCUUCACUGACUAUAUGCCUUUGCCAGUAGGCUCUUAGUUCUUGCAAAGUGAAGUUAAAGAAAGUGUUUGAAAGCUUUACCUACUUUAUGUAUAUAUUGCUAAGCACAGACAAAAUAAAAAGCUGUUUGCAAUAGCAGUCUGCAUGCAAGAAUCCAAAUGGUCAAGGAAAAAAGACUGAAUAUUAUGGUCUGGAUUUCCAGUAAUAAUGUAACUACAUGAUCUGAUUUUAGCAGUAGCUAGAGCACUGACAAAAAACAUAGGGAUUAUUUUAAGAUCACCAUGAAUGAAUCAAAGUAUUGAACAAUACAUUAUGCACUUUGUCAUUUUGUCAUAACUUGUAGACUUCUGAGAAAGGAAUCCAACUUCAGCUGUAAGUCAGAGCUCUUCACACUUUUUAUUUCUGAUCAGGGUACUUUUCUGUUGUUAAUAAUAUACAAAAAGAUGCAACAAGAAAACAUUUUGAUUUACUAUUUUAUUCAGCAGGCUGAGGAACUGGAUCACUAGACCAAUCAUGGUCUACUUACACAGAAUGAAACUUUAGUAUAACAACAAUAUGGUAUACAAACAUACAACUAAACAAAAACAAUAAGAUACAAUGAUGUACAAGCUGCAAGAAUGCACAAAAGUCAGUUAAAGGGAAAAAAAUAAUACAAAGACAGAAUAUGUCUGAUACUGAGUUACAGAUCAGAUGCAACUGCAUUAUUCUCAUUGCUGUCGGUUAUUUUACUUUGGUUGGUGAUGGAAGUAAGAGUAGAGAGCUGACGAAGGGUACUUUGGAGUGAAAUUCACAUAGUCCAGCCUACGUGGAAGAAAGCUCAGUUGAGUACAGACAAGUGAAUAAACUGGAAUGUUAAAUAAUACUGCAGUAGAGUCAGAAGGUGAAAGAAAUGUGGAUUAUUGGUUGACAGAAAUUAGUUGACGUAAGGCUUUGCAAUGGUCUCUGCAAAGAACUAUAUGCAUAAUUGCUGUAAUGAGAAGAACAACUCUUUGGGCAAUCAGGUCUGAAAAAUGAGGCAGGCAAUUAUUCUUAUAUCAUCAAAACUCCAUGAAUCUAAAACAAACUAUUAAGUCCCUAAGAUGAAAACUACUCCAUCAACACACAUAGUAUGCAUAAAAAGUAGCAAUGUUUUUACAGAGGACUGAGUCUUUGUGCUUUCUCCAAUGUGAGGAUUUGCCACAGACCCCUAAUUUCUAAGCAUAGCACCAGAGCACACAGAAGAUUUUGCUUUAAUAAGAGUUUUAUCUUUUUGUUUACUCUGAGUUGCUUGAAUUCAGAGUUACUGGUUGUGGCAACUGGUGUAAGUCCAGGGCCACAAAAGAGGUGAGCCAGGAUUCUAAUCUAGCACAGUCCAGGUUGGGGAUUGGCACAAUGUUUAAGGUAUUUAUGUCAUAUAUACAAUGUACAGAGUUUAAUUCUCACCCUUUGGGAAACUGGCUAGGCUUAGAAUAGCUUGCAAGGGUAGUUAGAUUACUAUUUACCUAUAAACCAUAAGUAAAGCAGAUUCCCUUAACUACUACCCAAUGGAAUGCAUAUUUAGCUAUGUGGCAGUUUGUUACAAGGAAAAAAAAACUAUUUAUCACAUCACUAUAAAAUGACAUCUGAUGAAUUAUUAUGCAAGAGAUGGAAGACAUGCUGUAGGUGGAUUGGACACUCUAAACUGGCCCUAGGUAUGAGUGCGUGCAUGUGUGUGCCUUCCAUGGAAGGUUGGGCGCCGGGCUGGCAGCUCGACACCAUACAGCUCCACUGCUAAUCAUGAGCAGACAGGUGACCUGCUGUGGUAACCCCUAACCAGGAAAAGCCGAAAGAAGAAGAAGAAGAAACCCAAUUUUGUACAAAAAAUAGGACUGCACAGCAUGGGUUGUUUGAUGAAAGGUCAAAGCCAGACUAGUACAUUCUAAACACAAAAAAAUAUUUCAAGUUCUAAGGAAAUUGGCUAGGCUUAAAAUGCCGCACAAGGGCAGCUAGCCUAGUAUUUACCUAUGAACCUAUAAACAAUAUUUUCUGUACAAAUUUCAAAACAAAUCUUGUUUAAGGGCACACUGCUAAAUGGAGUACUGUGUGUGUUAUAGGGUUGAUCACCUGACUCUAGAACAAUAUAAUAAUCUGCAGACAAUGGCCUUGAUUCCAAAAGAUUUGCUCUGAGUGCAAAUGACCACUUACACUGAGAGCAGGCCAAGACCAGGUGUUUUGGAAUCCGUUCCAUGUAGAAAGCCUGUUAAUUGAUAGGAUUUACACUGAAGUAAGUCACUUACAGAGAGCAACUCUUCUGCAAUCUGUCCUUGUACCAUUAGAAAGUGUCCUCUGAGGAACAGGUUGUUACUUAGGCCAAGUCCCACUAGACAUAAUUACUUGGUUUAAGGGUUAUCCAAGAGUCUUAGUUUAGUCAAGUGACAUAUUCAAAUUGAUACACCUUGCAAUACGUUGAGUCUCAAACUCAGGUCAAAAUAAUGCAGCUUGUUUGUAGUUCACUGCAGCAAUGGAUUAUCCUAAAAUGAAAAACUUGAAAUGAAUAACUGGAUUCCUGUGUCAUUUGCUCAAGCUAGCAAGCAUACACAUAAUUAAAAAUUUUACAUGGCUUUAAAAGUGUGUGAUGCAGUAUUUCUGCACAUAUUCUUUGUCAGUUCUGUGAAGGAAACACGACUGUAAGUAAACCUAAUACACUGAUUUCAUAUUAAGCCAAAACUGUUAAGAAAAUUAUAAAAGAAAAUAGUACUUUUACAGUAAAUAAAAUAAAAUAAAAUGAAAUAAAAUAAAAUGAAAUAAAAGCAUAUUUUACUUAGUAGUAAGUUGCAGAAUGCAGUUGAACAACGGUUCUCCUGUUUUCCUAUAUUUCUUUUGUAGGACUAAACACACACACACACACACACACACACACACACACACACACACACACACACAUGCUGAUAGCUUGAGUGGUCACCUUGAACUGAAAGUCUGCAGUUUACCUCAUUUGCACAAGUCACUGUUGUAUAUAAUUGGAUGUUUCAGAAACCAAGCUAUAUAAUCAUAAAAUAGCAGAAUGUGGUGAGUAGGCCUUUGUAGUGACUCAUGCCACCUUUAAGCAAUGAUUACUUAAUUAUAACACUGCUAGGCAAACUUUCCCAAAUGUACCAAACAGAUUUCAAAUUGUUGCACAACUUCUUGGAAUGCUGAACAAAGGAAAUGUAAAUGGUGCUACUGUGUAUGAAUGUUGUUACAACAUACACUAUAAACAGUCCAUGGGAAUAGCAUAUACUGUGUAACUGCAGUGACCUUGUACAGCUAACCAGUAUAUGGAACAUCUGGGCAUUUUUAGUUGAAAUACAACUGUAGCAUCCCUGGGCACUGCUAUUCCCAGGUAUUGAUGAAAGCACCUGUAUUGCAGCCUUUCUUGAUUAGUAAAUUGAAUUGCUGCAAAGGUAUGGGGCUAUAUGGUCUUGGUCCUGGUAAGACAUUUUUUUGAUCUGUUUUCUGUAAGCCUGUUUUUAUAUUGUGUACAACCAGUUAUGCAGACUGUUAUGUUUGCUUCACACUUUACUUGCACACUGUGUUUCUGACCUAAAACAGAACUUUGUGAGUUCUGUUUGUUGACUAAGAAUAGGAUGAACAUUAAUUUUGCCUUUGUUUUUAGUGGAAUAAAAAUAAGAAAUGCAAUUUUAUAAAUGUGCUAUGGAAGUUUUUUUUCUGUUUUUACAUUUUUCUUUAUAAUUUACUUUAUUUUUCUUAAAUGAUUUAUGCACCUUCAUUUCUGGGUAUUUUGUAACUUUUACUAUGAAAUAAAAAUAAUUUCCUCUUAUGUA